ACUUUAAAAUGUCAGCUCUCUACAGAAAUGGAACUCAGCAAACUCGAAAGAAUAAAUAUGCAGGGAACAAAAGAAAACUUUCAACUGAUGGCAACACCGGAUCGAUAAUCAAAAGAGUUAAAAAUAAUGAUGACCAAAAUAUUGCUAACCAGAACAUCUUCACUGAAGAAGCCCUUGGCAAUCUCAAGAUUUACAAUGAACUCAAAACUCAGUAUGAAGAAGAGGGUGUCAAUCAGCAAACUCAUCAGUUUCUGAGUAGAAUUAGUAGGAAAAAGAUACUAGAUGAUGAAAAGCUCAAUAAAGUCCCCCUAAUGCAACACCUUUCCAAUGCUGCUAAGGCAAUGAUGCUUAGUGAAUUUGAAAUAGCUGCCUGGGCCACAUGGCUAGACAAGAUCGAUUUGCUAGUACCUAAUGAAUACACACCAGAAGAUUAUAUCCUAUUCACUUCUUUCUAUAUCAAAAUGAGUCUCAAUGAGGAAGAAUUCCUAAAUGGAAUGUUUCAAAGCUACUUCAACUGAUACAUUCGAGGGUUCAUUGAAAAAUUCAACAAGUGGCUCAAAACUAAUAAAAACUUGUUCCAGUUCAAUCCGAUAGAGGUCAACAAGAAAUUUAAAGAGCUAAAUAGGCCUUUUAAUCCUCAAAAAGAGAGUGACUUUAUUGAUUACAAUCACUGUGUUGAUGACAUCCUUCAAAUAUCCCCUCCCUAUAACUAUUGAGGUGAUAAAAAUCAAAAAGCCAAGUCAAAGCCUUUUGAAGGCGGGAUGGCAAGUAGCCAAAAAUUUGACAAUACUCUUCUGAGUGCCAGCCAGAAGAGUGUUGUCCCGACUAAGAAGAAAAUAUUGACCAUCCCUGCUGAUGCUAGUCAGCAUCUAAUAAACUGGAAUCCGACUAUUAAUGAUGAUGAGAUUAACCAUAUUGGCCCAAUGACAAGAUUAUCAAAGAAGAAGAGCUCUGUGCUGAGUAUUAAGGAUGUAAAUCCAUCUAUUAUCAAACCUAUGGACGAUGAGCUUCUUAAGAAGCCAUCUAAUAAUAUAUCCCAGUUCGAUAUUUCCCAACAGCUCAGCAACUUAUAUAACCUUGAUAACAAUGAUGAGGGGAAUGAUAAUUUUGACCUCCAGCUGGCAAAAGUUCUUGAUAGUAAUAAUGCUCCUACCAAGAUCCAUAGAUCUAUUGCAAGAAGACCUCCUGUUGCUGCUUCUAACAAGCCAUUCAGUGGGUUUUCUAAUUACUCAAACAACAACGAUUUUACUAGUAAGCCAGGGAGCCAAAUUAAUCAGGAGGGUUCGAAUCUUUUCAAAAAUAUAUCCUCCUUUAACCUCGUGAAAAUUCCGAUGAAUGAUAUAUUUGAUGUUGAUGACGAAGCGAUGAAGAACUUACCUGAAAUUCCCAACAUCAGCAGCAGAGGUAAUUCAUAUCAGAAUCUUCUCAAAAACGAUUCCACUCCUACUCUAUUCAAAAGAGGGUCGUCCGUGAUCGAUCAGAGGAUGUUCAAAAAGAAUUAAAAUUUUAAAGUUGGUUCAAACUCCAUAA